AUGAUACCAAGAGCCGCUCUCACCGGCGUUCUGCGCCAAUCCGCACCCUCAAGACGCACCAUUCAAACCCUUACACGACCACAACGAUACCGAACACCCACCUCCACAUCGAGGUUCGCCUCUCACGUGCCGUUUCAAACAAUCCGCUGGCUCUCCUCCAAAUCCAUCGCGGACGAAAAGAUUGAAGAGAUCACGGAACUGUAUGCGACCGCGCAGGAUGAAUUCGAAAUUGCUAUGGAGGAGACCGAGAGGGCGACAGUCUAUGCCGAGGAAGACCGGAAAACUGCUAGGGAAGAAUUGACUAGAGUGCAGGAGGCAUUUACGGCCGUGGUACAUGGAGAGGAUCAGCAAUUGGCGGAUGAGGUGAGGAGAAGGGUCGGGCAGAGGAUACGGGAAUUGGAGCAGGGUGUGAUGGCCAUGGAGGAACUGGCGCAGAAUCAAGAUUAG